GCAAUAUCAUGUGCAUUAUAAAAAUGCGAGGCACCACCAUCUGUGCACUACCGGCAUUUGCACUGUCUAUAACGCGAUCAACGUAAACCAAAGAACGACAACAUCAACUGUCCUAAAGCUUCUUUGAAUGGAAAAACUGGCAUAUUCGCUAUGGCUGGCAAAUAUUUAUACGCAACCAAUUUUGAACAAAAAUUCUCCAACGGUUUCACGGUUUAUCAGAUUAAGCUGGAGGAGCGGGCAACCACAACGCAAGAAAACGGCUUUCUUCAGCUAUCACACAACGAUGAUUUCGAAAAUGGUGAAUUCGACAAUUUCGAGGAGAAUAUUGAAGUUGGCUGUACUUACGAACUUCUUGCGAAACCAGCGAAACGUACUGAUUCAAAGACCGAAAUGGAACAAUUACGGCUAAGCAUUCUACCACUUAUAACAGCUUUUACAACUGACAUGGACGGUACAAGUAUUAAUGUGCAGCGCUAUUACGGUAUCGAUUACACAGUUCCGAAAGCAGGGAUUCCAAGAAUAUGCUACAUUUUGGCGGAAAACUGCGAAGGCCUUCCUUUGGACUGUUAUAUGUAUGCGCUACAAGGCAAGAAUGAAAAUUCGGGAACCGUUUUCGGAUACAUUGAGCAAAUCCUGAAAGGCUUGGAAUUUUUGCACAGGAACUGCAUAAUUCACCGAGACAUCCGAGGAGCUAAUGUUAUUGUCUUAAAAGAUAAACGACUGGUAAAAAUUGCAGGUCUAACCAUGAUUAAACAUUUUCACGGGGAUAAAACACCUUCCAGAACGCUAGGAAUAGCGACAGGCACGGUGCCUUUCGUAUCUCCGGAAAUGGCGGCUCUCACAUCGUUACCUCAGCAAAAGAAGCAGCAUGUUGGUCGGACUACCGAUAUAUGGAGCUUCGGAUGCGUGAUCAUCCAAAUGAUUCAAAAAGGUCGACCUCCAUCAUUUACGAGAGGCAUUCGGGACGUCCCUUUACCUUUAUUGCCUUCUGAAGUAACUUUGAAAGAUAUGAACAAGUAUUUCGAAAUGGGAUACAAGCCGGUGUAUCCAAGCGCGCACAAAUGUGACCACCGGGUGUGUGGGAAUCAGAGUCCUGCUCGUUGUCUGCUGCUAACAGAAGGAAUUCUCAUUUUGCUUGAGAACUGCCUGAUUCCGCUUCCUGAUUUACGGCCAUCUGCAGCCAAGCUCUUAGAGUUGCUCGAGACAUUCAGCCGAGCUAAAAAGGGACUGAACAAUGAGCCUGAAAAUGCCGGUGAUCCCCAAGCUAAUAUUCUUGCUUCACACCAUUGUGACCCGUUUGCGGACUGCGAAUUACCCAAGAAAUUUACGAAUUCAGCAGACACUAUCAAAAACCCUGGUGACACGAUUACACAACUCGUAGAGCAUGAGCUUCCGGUUACCGAAAAUGUUCAAUUGGCCGUAAAAAUGUUGAGGCUAGAGGACGAUGUUGAAAGCACCAGCCAGGGAGUGGAGCGUUCCACAAAAGCUGAGGCAACGCAUCAGUUUUUAUCGCACGAUGAAGCUGAACUGGGUGCGACAUACUCUGAACCCGAUAAAACUCUGAGUUUCUCGGAGUUUAAACCAUUUCCAUUUUUCGAUCAGUCGUUCAGGAUCGAAAUACAGCGUUUUCUAAUCGCACGAUUUAUACUGCGACCGGAUAGCAUAACAGCAACAGACGAUAAAGAUAAGCUAAAUCUACCUGAUCUGAUUAAAAGUUCGUUGGGUCACGAGGAUAACGCCGUGAAAGAAAAAAUUGUGAUUCCCGGUGGAUUCCGAGGCGGCAACGCCCUUUCUGGUGUUUCAGUUAUUUUAUUACGUGACAACGACAGCUGGGACGGACCGUUAUUCCAAAACAAAAGAGAUGUCUUUGACAAAUUAAUCAAACACUCAGGCGAAAAGUCGGAAAUUAUCAAACACCUUGCAAUAGCUCGGACAGUACAGAAAUUUUGGAUAUUCACGGAAAGCGAAGAUUGCUUGCAGCCGCUCUCAACUUUGAUUGCGUUGACCGGAUGCCAGAAAAUCGAUACUUCUCUGUUCCGAUCUUUCACGAAGCAAAUGCUACUUGGAUUAACAUUUUUGCAUAACAAUCGCAUUAUUCAUAAGGACAUUCGUUGCGACAAUGUCUUAGUUCGCCAGCAAGAGUGCCCCCUUAAAAAAAAGGAAUAUUUUCUGAAGCUCGCUCAUUUUGAAAAGGCUGCGUUCCAUGAUCUGAAUUCAAAAGACAACAAAAUUCUUAAUAUUGCGGAAGGCUCUUCCCGAUUUGCUUCAACAGAAAUGCAAAAGCUUGCAAGCUUUGAUUGGGACGAUUCAAUAGAUGUCAUUGGGACGCUAACAGACGUCUUCAGCUUAGGUUGCACGGUGCUCGAAAUGUACCAGCGCAGUCCACCAAACUGGAUUUACACGGAGAAGGAACGGCAAAAAGAAAGCUUAUUUGUAUUUGCGCCGGAAAACAAGUUUGAUGACUUUCUAGCCAACUUACGUGGACUGAGAAACGUUGGUGCCAACCCAGAUAUAAGUUGUAUUAAUGAAAAAGACGCUUUGGAUUUUGUUCGGCGGUGCUUGCUUCCCCGACCAGAGCGACCAUCCAGUUCUUCUCUGAAUGAAAUGCACGUGUUUACCAAAGAGGCGUCCGCAAAACAAGGUUCUCCGGCGCGGUACCAGGUUAGCAAAGACGAAUUCCGGCUGGCCGUGAUUGUCAACGGCUUUCCUCAACCGACGGAUUCUCAGUACGAGAGCUUCGCCAAAGGCGUUCCCUACGGGCACUUCACCAGCCGCCGUGAGCUGGGAAUGUUCUUAGCCAACAUCCUCCACGAAUCUGCCGGGUUGCGAUACAGGAAGGAGAUCUCGCCCCAACCUGAAUACGGGAAGUACUACGGACGCGGAUACAUGCAGCUAACCUGGGAGGAUAACUACCGCAAGGCCUCACAGGCGCUGUACCACGACGAUCGCUUGGUAGAGAACCCGGAUCAGGUGGCGGACGACGAGGACGUCGCCUGGGCCACCGCCUGCUGGUACUGGGGCGCCGUGGUGCAUAGUUAUCCCGGAGUGGCCGAGGGGAAAUUCGGAGCGAGUAUCCGGGCGAUCAACAGUGAGGAAGAGGGUAUGGGCCGCAACGAGGUCAAGUCCCGGGCGCGAAAUGAGUAUUAUAAGCGUAUCUUGGCUGUUUUCGUGCCCGGUGAGGCGCCUGUCGAAUCCGGAUCCUAAAAUUAGGCAAUAACGCCAACCUGUUAUUUCUUCGCACUGAAUAGCAUUGUAGUUUGACUUCUACUUAAGUCAGUUUUUUCUUAUGCUAUUUGUUUUAGCUUAGCGGUAAUCGGAUCUUAAAAUAUCAUCGAAUUUGUUUCUUGGGAUAAUUUGGAUAAGUUAUGGAUGCAUGGUUCACUUUAACGCGCUGUAUACGUACGUACGUAGUGCAUUACGGCGAUUUAUAUGGUGUUUGUGUGCUGUGCGUCAUGCAGUUAUAAGGUUUUCGGUGUUUGGAAAGUAUGUGUAACAGAUUUACGUGUAGUUUGCCCAGUUCUUCCCGAAAAGA